GACCCUUCAUCUUAAACGCACAGAAACCUUCUAACUUUAACAUCUAGUCAUAGUAUUUAAUGUUUCUCUGUGAGCUCCUCCUCCGUCUCUCGGACCGGGUUCCUUUAAAUCUCAACUUUUAAAAGCUGAUAAUCAUCUGAGUUUCUGUCCAGAACCAGUUCCUCUUUUAAUCCACAUGUUAGUAGAGCCAGCGGGUUUAUGAAGGUUGUCCUCUCUCCAGGACGAUGGCCGAGGCUCCGGAUCUUUUCUCUGAGCAGGAGCUCACUUGCUCUAUCUGCCUGGACCUGUUCGAUGAGCCCGUGUCCACCCCCUGUGGACACAACUUCUGCCAGGUGUGUAUCGGGGGUUACUGGGCGUCCAGUGCAGUGUGUACCUGUCCUCUGUGUAAGCGUCAGUUUGAGGAGCGUCCUCAGCUCAGCGUCAACAAAGUCUUCGCCCUGAUCGCAGACAAAUACAAACUGGCUCGUUAUGGCGCUGCCGGGCUGCCAGUGCCGGUCGGUAACGGGACGCCGGCGCUCCCAGGCGACGGCAUGGUGCCCGGUGCGGAGGUGGUGUGGUGUGACGUCUGUACGGGGGGCAAGCAGCCGGCCGUCAGAUCCUGCCUCACCUGCACCGCCUCGUACUGCAGCCAGCACCUGCAGCCCCACCACGCUUCACCUUUCUACUCCAAACACCCCCUCAUGGACCCCCAGGAGGCCCUCAGGGGCCGGACCUGCAGGACUCACCAUCGCCUGCUGGAGGUUUACUGUCGGACGUGUCAGCGCUGCAUCUGUGCCAUUUGUGUCCUGGAGGAACAUCGAACACACAAGACUGUCUCCGUGCAGACCGAGAGACUGGGCAAACAGAAACAGGUGGCGAGGACGGAGCAGGAGAUCCUGAACCGGAUCAGAGAGAAAGAGCUUCAUGUGAUGGAGCUGAAGAGGAAGCUGGAGGGAGUGAAGAACUACGCAGAGGGAGAGCGUGGCGAGGUGGAUCAGCUGCUGGACGAAGUGUCUGGAGCGCUGGACCGGAUCCGGACUCAGGUGGUGGGUGGGAUCCAGAACCAGCUGGACCCUGUGAUGUCAAAAGGGGAUGGGCUAGUGAGGCGUCUGGAGGCGGAGCUUAGGCAGCUGACGGACAGGAGAGCUACGCUGGAGGUUCAGGCCGUCAGUCAGGACCACAUCCUGUUCCUGCAGAGUUACGAGGACGCAACGUCCCCCCUGGAGGAGGAGCAGCAGGGGGAGGAAGAGCCAGAUUUCUCCCUGCACUUCCAGCUGGGAGAGGUGAAGAGCUCCCUGCUGGAGGUCAAGGAGAAGAUGGAGGAGAUCCGGAUGGGGGACGUCCGGCCCAGAGGCUCCGGCUCGGCUGGAGAGCUGAUGAUGGCGGAGAGUCUGGUCAGUCUGAGAGGAAGCUCCGCCAGUCUGAGGAAGAGUCAGUGGAGUCUGAAGGAUCUGAAGAAGAUGAAGCCGGUCUCAGGACACAAGAAGGCUCGAGUUUACAUGGAGGAUGUGACUCUUAACCCGGUGACGGCGUAUCCCUUCCUCAUCCUGUCGGAGGACAGGAAGCAGGUGAAGCGAGGAGAGAAGCUGCAGUUCUACAGGAACAGCCAGCAGCGCUUCGACGUCUGGUCCUGCGUCAGCGGCAAGGAGAGCUACAGCAGUGGGAGGCACUACUGGGAGGUGUUUGUGGGGGACAGUAAGGACUGGAAGCUGGGGGUCCUCAGUGAAUCGGCCCCCAGGAAGGGUCUGUUCGACAUGAGUCCGUCCAACGGGUACUACGCUAUCUGGUGGAGCAACAGCCACCUGCGGGCCCUCACUGCCCCCCCCCUCACCAAGGUGAAGAGUCCUGCCAAGCUGCGUCAGGUGGGGGUGUUCCUGGACGUGGAGGAGGGGCAGGUGUCCUUCUUCAACGUGAAGACGGGAUCGGAGAUCUACAGCUUCAGCAGUGCCGAGUUCCCCGACAGGAUGUUCCCUCUGCUGGGGACCGGAGACAAGGAGGUUCCUCUGGUUCUUAUGACCACCCAGCACCAGCUCGCAUGAAGGGGGGGGGCGUUCAGAUUACUUUAUGAUCUGCCAAUAGGAUAAAAUACUGCUCACAGAGAGAGGGAAAUGCAUCUCCCACCUCACCAUUCAAACUCUUCAUGGUUCCUGCACUGGUUUGGCUCCAUUAGACCAUCAGCUGAUUUCUGUAGAGUAACUCAGAAACUGAACCUGAAGUCAGACAUGAGAAAUCCAUCUUCAGUAACCCAAGACAACACGUUGAUUUAUAGGUAGAAAUCUCCUUUAAUAUUUCCAAAAAGACCCAUGGAGGAUAACGAAGUGAGGUUGAAUAAUAAUUAUGAAAUGUAUUCACGUUGUGUUAGUGUCAACAGAAGGAUUUCUAAAAGGCUGUUUUUAUUAAGUCACUUUCAUGGAGAUGGCACGCCCCCUCUUCUUCCGGCCAAUAGGAACACUUUGCUGCGUCACCUGACUCACUGUUAAAUAAAGACUGUUUCCACGC